AUGCUUGUAAACGAUUCAAAUAGUGUUAGUGUUAGUGUAAGCGAUUCAAAUAAUGUUAAUAAUGUUGACCAAGAUGCUGAGCAAGAAGAGAAGCACUUUCGUAAAGUGCUUAAUACCUUUGCACUGUACAAGUCGUACGCACUCUCCGCGAAUAAUCGUCGUCGAACAGAUUAUUAUGCCUUAUCGGAACGUCAUAGAGCCUUAAUACCAAGUUAUCUGGAAGUUUUAAGUAAAGUCGAUCAAGCAAUCAUAAAAAAUCAUCUUGUUUUGAAGCAAAUAUUAGCCGAUAGUCGAUUAUUUUCAAGAGAGGAUAAAGACAGUUUCCAUCCUAAUCUUCAAUGUGAUAAAGAUUCCUCAACACAAUUUCAAAUAACAGAUUUCGAUAUGGAUAAAUUAAGAAGUACAAUCAAACAAUUUGUAAGAGAAUGGGCUGCGGAAGGUCAAAAUGAACGAGACGCGGCUUAUAAACCUUUACUUGAGUCAUUGAUGGAAUUUUUUAAAGAUGUUCCAGUUGAAGAAAGGCCUUCAAUUCGUGUAUUAGUACCGGGUGCUGGAUUAGGACGAUUGGCUUUUGAUAUCGUAAAACAAGGCACAAAAAAGCUAAUUGAUCGUCGGAUAAAAACUAUCUCAGCUAUUGGCAUCGCAUUUUAUUUUAAACAGAGAGUUCAUCAAUAUGAAAUAUAUCCUUUUGUUCAUUCAUUCUCCAACAUCGUAUCAUCUGAAGAUCAACUACGACCUGUAUAUAUACCUGAUGUUCUACCAAGUAGCAUACCUUCUGGUGUAAAUUUUUCGAUGGUAGCAGGUGAUUUCGUUGAAGUUUAUGGUGACGAACAGUAUAAUGAUCAGUGGGAUUGUAUAGUAACUUGCUUCUUCAUCGAUACUGCAAAGAAUAUUUUAGAGUACAUUGAAAUAUUUCAUCGUAUUCUUAAAUCGGGUGGUCUUUGGAUCAAUUUAGGCCCAUUGCUGUAUCAUUAUGAAAAUUCACCCGAUGAAAUGUCAAUUGAACUAAACUUGGAGCAAGUGAAAGCCGUAGUAAAGGAUUUCGGAUUUCAAAUCCUAAAUGAAAAAUCGAUACAAACGACAUAUACUUCUAACCCAAAAGGGAUGUUGAAGUAUUUAUAUGAGUGUGCUUUUUGGACGUGUGUGAAACAAUAG